UGGAUGGCCCUUAUGUUUAUGUACGACGUUUCUUGUCAGAUCCUUACCAUUCGUGGUCCUAACACAGUCUUUUGUCAUCCACUAGACUCGAACCGGCGACCUUGCGAAUGUGACCCCGGAGUGCUAACCACUACACUAUCCGACCCAGG